AAGCGCCUUGGUUUUGUUUUCAUCUGCCGCUUUCCUAUUUUUGCAGACAGCAAGCUUGAUCUUGUUAAACGUUCUUUUGUUUUGUCGCAGCUCCUCUCGCAAUAACUUUUCGUCGAUAUUACCAAAACUGCCUUCUGAUGAAUCCUCUGCGCGGAACGAGUUCCAGCGGCUCGGAGUGUGAACAAUCGACGGACGACAUUUGGGACGACACACUCAUCAUCCGCAACUACGACGAGUCGCUCGCACUGGUCAAGGAGGAAGUUGCCAAGCGUUUGGCCAUGAAGACUAACAAGAAAAUGCUAGCGAAGGUUAAAGCCGAGCAGAAUUCACUGGAACAGGUUACCCCGAACGAAGAAAGUGAAGUCAAACGUGAGGAGGCAGAAUCCUCCGGAGUGGAAGGUUCGUCGGCCGAGAAGGGGGCCUAUGAGUCGGCAGAUAAAACUCUCAAGGUGGGAGAUUACUGUCGUGCCACAUACGAUGAUGGUGUGGACUACGAGGCAAAGGUUCUGGCAAUUGAUAAGAAUAACGCACUGAUUCGCUACGUCGGAUACAACAACGAACAAACGGUAUCCUUAGAAGAUUUGAUUCCGUCCUGGGGGAGGAAGGCACGCCGCAAGCAGCGUGAGGAAGCAGCCGAGCUGGCAGCAGCGGAAGAUUCCAACCGGAUGGAGAUAAGCGAUGACGAGGAAAAGCUCACCAAAAAGGCCAGCAAAAUAAGAAUCAACCUUGACCCGAACUUCCACAUGCCGAAACCGAGAGCAAACUCGUCGGUGGCGGCCGGUUUUGGGGCAGGGAUGGGCGCAUCCUUCAUGGUCCCGCCGCCACCUCCGAUGCCACCGAUGCUGGCAGACGAUGAUGAUCUGGAGUCGGAGAAUCUCUCGGCGAUGCUGAUGUCGUGGUAUAUGAGCGGUUACUAUACCGGUCUCUACCACGGACAGAAGAUGUCCCAGAAGCGGUCGCGACCAUCCUAAUCGGGAUGAACUGUUUUGUUUUCCUCCCGAAUUAUAUCUAUUAAUAUUUGAUAACUGUGACUUAGCUACGUAAGUAAGUUCCCUAAUUUAGUUCUCAAAUCAGUUGGAUUCAAUGAAUUUUAUGUUUGAACAAAUGAUUCCUUCUAAGCAAUGUUUGCUUUUCAAAAGUUAAAUAAAAAUAAACGCAGCGGAAAUGCUCAAAA